UUUUGACUCCCCAACUACCCACGGACCGUACCUGGUGCUUCUCCGGCACAGUCCAGUGUUUCUCUGGCACAGUCCAGUGCUCCGGCAGUGGUCUGUGGGUGGUGGAGACCCAGUAGUAAACGUAACGGGUCCGGGCAACAAGUGUUUUCGGUGUCAAAAAUGUCGUGCUCCGCUCAUGGAAUCGUCCCGAGUUAAAAAAAUUGUUACUGAUAAGAGAACCGGGGGUACGGGCGUAGGUCUUGUGGGGUCGGAAAAGGAGAUUAGCAGAGUAUAUAAAGUAGCAAUAAUUCCCCUGGAAGGUGUAGGUACCCGGGUAAGGAUGCUUUCGAUUGAAGAAGUGAGUAAGCACAACACCAAGAAGGAUUGCUGGGUCAUUAUCCACGAUAAGGCGUAUGACGUCAGUGACUUUAUUGAUGAACACCCUGGAGGGUCUGCGAUCAUUUUGAAGUAUGCCGGGAAGGAUGCAACCAAGGUGUUUGAUCCAGUUCAUCCUGGGGACACGUUACAGAAGUAUUUGGCCCCCAAGUAUCAUUUGGGAGAGGUGGAGAAGAGGAAGAAAACCAAGAAGGUGGUGAAACAGGAGGUGAAACAGGAGGUGAAAGAUGUCAACGAUGUCAAAGAUGUCAAGGAUGCUAAGGAUGACAUUGUUGAUGAGUUUGAUGUUGAGUAUGAUGAGCAAGACGGGAAACAACCGAUCCCGGUGCCAACGUCGGCUACGAUCAGUGUGGAGGAAGAGUACGACGACGACGACGACGAACCACCCACCGAGGAGGAGUUGAAGAGACGCCAAAUGGUGAAGCUCAAGCCGGAUUUGGGCCAGAUCUAUAACUUGAGCGAUUUUGAGUUUGUUGCUAGACACACGAUGGAGAAAACCGCUUGGGCCUACUACAGCAGUGGAUGCGACGAUGAAAUCACUCUCCGUGAUAACCACUUGGCUUACCAUCGGAUUUUCUUCAAGCCAAGGGUGUUGGUGGAUGUCACCAAUAUCGAUUUAUCCACCACCAUGUUGGGCACCCCGUGCAGUGCUCCCUUUUAUGUCACCGCCACGGCCUUGGGGAAGUUGGGCCAUCCCGAAGGGGAAACGGUGUUGACCCGGGCCAGUGCUCAACAGGACAUUAUCCAAAUGAUUCCAACGUUGGCUUCCUGCUCGUUCGAUGAGAUUGUGGACGCGGCCGUUGAUCAACAAACCCAAUGGUUACAACUCUACGUGAAUAGUGACCACGAAAUCACCCGCAAGAUCGUCCAGCACGCCGAACGCAGGGGCAUCAAGGGGUUGUUCAUCACGGUGGACGCUCCCCAAUUGGGCCGUCGGGAAAAAGAUAUGAGACUGAAAAACGUCGAGGACCUAAGUCAUGUUCAAGGAGAUGACGAGGACGCCGAUCGGACCCAGGGGGCGGCACGGGCAAUCAGUUCGUUUAUCGAUACCUCGUUAUCCUGGAAAGACAUUGCUUGGUUUAGAUCCAUCACUAAAAUGCCCAUCAUUUUGAAAGGGGUCCAAACCGUCGAGGACUCCCUCAAGGCCCUCGACCAUAAGGUCGACGGCAUUGUUCUUUCAAACCAUGGUGGUAGACAAUUGGAGUUCAGCAAACCUCCAAUUCAAGUUUUGGCCGAAUUAAUGCCCAUUCUUAAACUGAAAAAUUGCCAGGAUAAAUUGGAAGUCUAUGUCGAUGGUGGGGUCCGUCGUGCUAGUGACAUCCUCAAGGCAAUCUGCUUGGGCGCCAAGGGGGUCGGCAUUGGCCGUCCUUUCCUCUAUGCCAUGUCCACCUACGGGGUCGACGGGGUUUACAAGGCCAUGCAAAUCUUAAAGGACGAAAUGUUUAUGAAUAUGAGAUUAUUGGGUGCCACCAAAAUCUCCGACCUAAACGACUCCUUUGUCGAAACCCAAUCCGUCCCGGCAUACGUCCCCGAAGAUAAACUCUUUGGCGGAGUCUACGAACCCUUGAUCAGCUCUCCUUUUAAAGAUGCAAAGCUAUAGUUUAUUAGAUAUUUAUUUAGUGUUCAAAUUACUGUAGGUGCACGGGUGCUUUGAAGAUGAUGAUACUGCGCGGUGCACGGGUUGUUUACAAAGACGCGCCCCACUGGAUUUAUCCCUAAAUAAACGAUUCGUCUG